UAAGCUUCUUGUCAAACAAAUUAUUAUCCUUUGUUAAUCCAAUGGAUUCAGAAAUGGAGUCAAGGGAAGUUCUAGAAGAAGUCCAACAACAACCUCUCCAAGCCCAACAACCCGGAGAAGCCCAACAACCCGGAGAAGCCCAACAACUUGAAGGAGAAGAUGUGGAUAUGUUGUUGGACUUUAUUUCUGAUGAUGAUACUAAUGAUGAUGAUUGUGAUAGUGAUGACGAUGAUGAUAGUGAUGAUGAUAUCACUAUUAGUGACUUGGAAGAGCCACUAAAUUUAAUGGAACGUCAGAAACCCUACAAGGUCAUGAAUGAAGCCGAUAUCCGUAUCAAUCUAGAACGCGAUAUCUCGAAUAUAUCUGAUAUCCUUUCCAUUUCAAGAUCUGAAGCUGUAAUCCUUUUACUUCACUUCAAAUGGAAUGUGAAUGCAGUACCUGAUGAAUGGUUUGCAAAUGGGUAUAAACUUCGAGAGGUACUUGGUUUACCAGAAGAUCCUGUUGAUGAUGAAGCUGAAUCAUCUUACAAAAAAGAUAUGACUUGUGGGAUUUGUUUGGUAACAUUUUCUCCAGAUCUGGUUGCUAGUCCUCAUUGUGGGCAUGUGUUCUGUCAUACUUGUUGGGCAGAUUAUAUUGGGAAAUCACUCACUGAUGGUCUUCCUUCCUUACUGUUACGCUGUCCUGAUACAUCUUGCCGUUCUGCUGUAACUCAAGACAUGAUAAACAUGUUGGCUACAAAUGAUGACAAGGAGAAAUAUGCUCGUUUUCUUAUGAGAUCUUACAUUGAGUUUAACCCAAAGGCUAACUGGUGUCCUUCACCUGGAUGUGACUAUGCUGUUGUUCUUGUUCGUGGUAAGACCACCAAGGUCACUUGUAAGUGCUUAUAUAGCUUCUGCUGGAAGUGUAACAAGGAAGCUCAUCAGCCGAUUGCCUGUGCAGCUGUUUGUAAGUGGGUUAUGGAAAGUGUCGUGCAGACUGUAAACUGGAAAAUUGCUACUACUAAUGGCUGCCCAAAUUGUGGGACAUCAAUGGACAUGGAUGCUCCCUUUAAACGGAUGCAAUGUCCAUCUUGUAAAAUUCACUUUUGCAAGGAUUGCCGUACUUCUUGGCUGCACAAUGGUUUAUGGGAAGGUGAUCAGUAUAUACACACAUGCUCUGAAGGGAAAGAAAUGCAAGUAGAGACAGAAGAUGCUGCUGAGGAACAAAAGAAAGUAGCUAAGCAGAACCUGAUCAGAUACCAAAACUGUCACAUGCGUUGGUUGACUCAUGAAAUGCAUAUUCAGGCAACUGCUAAUGAGAUUCUGAAGCUGAAAAACGGCGUGCUCAAAAUACUAGCUGAUAAACAAGGCCUAACCGAAGCCGAAUUCAGCUUUUAUCAAGACGCGUGGGAGCAGAUUGCAGACUGUAAGCGGGUGUUGAAGUGGACUUGCAUUUAUGAGUAUUAUUUACCAAGCUGUGAAAAUGAGAAGAGAUCCCUCUUAAACUAUCUGCUAAGGUGUGCUGGUUUUGCCGUGGAUCAGCUUUAUCAGUGUUCAGCUCAGCUGCUAACUCUCUUUAGUAUGGAGGAAACAUCUGAUAAGUUCCCUCAGUUCCGUGAUCGCCUGUGUUUGAAGACAAGUGUGGCUCAAUACUACUAUGACAACAUGGCAUGGGCUUUAGAGAACGGGCUUUCGGACCUAAACGCGGUCCGCCAGGCGAUGAGCUCGAGGCGGAUGCGGCUAGGGAUCCCUACAACAACAACAACAGCUGAAGAAGGAAUGACUCCUGAAGAAGAGGCUGCUGCUGCUGAGGAGUACAAGGCUUGUGCUCAUUGCCAAUUUGGAAAUGAGACUUCAUCUCUUGUUUGUGUUAUGUGUUAUCAUUAGAUCUACACAUUAGAUCUUUCUAUUUCUUAUUUGAGUUGGUAAGACACAAAAAGACACACAUGGCUAAGGCCAAUCCUUGUUUUUAUUUUAAAAUAGACCACAUUUUUAUUAUGUAAGACAUAAUUUGGUGUCGCUAUGCGAUACGGGAUUGAGGUUUGGAACUUGAUUUGCAAUAAUUAUCCUGCUGAACGUUUUGCUGGAAAAAAAAUUGA